GUGUUUGUCUGUCAUUCAUUUUAUUUUGGUCGGCGAUUUGUGACGGCGUGCAGAGUUGGAUCAGCGUUUACAGAAUAAUAAUCAAUCUUAAAAAGCAACAUGAAACCACCAUACAAAAUCGCUGAUGAGAAACUGGCUGAGUUGGGUCGCAAUGAAAUUAUGCUUGCUGAAAAAGAAAUGCCUGGCCUGAUGGCAUGCCGUCGCAAAUAUGCUCCUAGUAAAAUCCUCAAAGGGGCCAGGAUCGCAGGCAGCUUACAUAUGACUGUUCAGACAGCUGUACUUAUUGAAACCUUAAUUGAGCUUGGUGCUGAAGUUCAAUGGUCAAGUAGUAAUAUCUACAGCACCCAAGAUGAGGCUGCAGCUGCUCUGGUUGCUCGAGGUAUACCAAUUUACGCCUGGAAAGGAGAAACCGAAGAAGAGUACACAUGGUGCAUUGAACAAACUCUAAUAUUUUCUGAUGGAAAGCCUCUAAACAUGAUUUUGGAUGAUGGAGGGGAUCUCACUAAUUUGGUGCACAAAAAAUACCCCCAUCUACUAGAUGGUGUCAAAGGACUAUCAGAAGAAACUACUACUGGUGUACAUAACUUGUAUAAAAUGUUCAAAGAAGGAUCACUAAAAGUACCGGCCAUUAAUGUGAACGAUUCUGUUACGAAAAGUAAGUUUGACAAUCUAUAUGGCUGCAGAGAGUCGUUACUUGACGGUAUAAAAAGGGCAACUGACAUUAUGAUAGCUGGAAAAGUAUGUGUAGUUGCGGGAUACGGAGAUGUUGGAAAAGGUUGCGCUCAAGCAUUCAAAGGGUUUGGAGGUAGAGUUAUUGUUACUGAGAUUGAUCCAAUUAAUGCCCUUCAAGCAGCGAUGGAAGGUUUUCAUGUGACUACAAUGGAAGAAGCUUCAGAAACAGGACAGAUAUUUGUUACAACAACAGGGAACAUUGACAUUAUAAAUAAAGAUCAUUUCCUACGAAUGAAAGAUGAUGCAAUUGUUUGCAAUAUCGGUCACUUCGAUUGCGAAAUUGACGUAGCUUGGUUAGAAAACAACGCCAAAAAGGUUAAUAUCAAACCACAAGUGGAUCGCUAUGAACUCGAAAAUGGAAAUCAUAUUAUCGUUCUCGCAGCUGGAAGACUGGUAAAUUUGGGCUGUGCUACUGGUCACUCUUCUUUUGUUAUGUCGAAUUCAUUUACUAACCAAGUUUUGGCUCAGAUUGAACUUUGGACCCGACACAAUGCGUAUCCCGUCGGUGUCCAUACUUUGCCUAAGAAAUUGGAUGAAGAAGUCGCUGCUUUACAUUUGGACCAUCUUGGUGUGAAACUUACAAAGCUUACAACAAAACAGGCGAAGUAUAUUGGCGUUCCUGUUGAAGGACCUUAUAAACCUGACCAUUACAGAUAUUAAUAAAAGUAGUUAACUGGAGGAGAAGAGAAAAUCAAUAAACAAUGCAUUAAAAUAAAAGUCAUUAAGUUGCCAACAUGAUAAUUUGAUUUUUAUGCAUUUAUCAUUGUAAUCUGCUAUGAUGUAUUUUAUUUUGUGUACAUAUUCAAAAUAAAUUAAGAAUAACACCUGCUUUU